AUGGGAGAUCUUUUCUUCAAGUCAUUCGACGUGCGAUUCGGAGAGAUCCUUGAGCGGAUGCGAUUCCAUCAAAAGGUUGUGCACGAUGAAACGCAGUGGGCUUUUCUUUCCGACCUGCAAGAUAAGGCAAAUAUCGCCGAAAUCCUAAAGAAGGCUGAGCAGGAGGAGCAGAGGCGGCUCAUGGCAAUGACAUCAGAACUGUCACAAGAUAUCAAGUCGCAGAGUUGGCAGGUUUUUUUGCAGCAUGUCUUCCGCUGGCUUCGAGCGGAUGACAACAAAAGUGUCCUUGAUCGGCACUUGAAUACGAAGGAGGAAGAUACAGCCGAAUGGUUGUUUCGACAGCCGAAAUUCACCUCGUGGCGGGAUGACGACGGGCCACCUGACGGCAAGCCUUCCAUACUAUGGGUUCGAGGAAACCCUGGAUGGGGAAAGAGCAUCCUUGCUGCUUCAACGAUUCAAGAACUGCUCUCUCGGCGCGACGAGAGCCAGCAGAUGCCGACCGAGGCGAUAUGCUACUAUUUCUUCAGCCAUGAAAAUGCUGCAGCAUCGUCCAGCACCGAGGCUUACAGAGCACUCCUGGCGCAGCUCUUCAGUGAACACAAAAGCUUGGAAAAUAUCAGCAGUGCCUUCUCACUUGCGCUCGCCAAAAGCGGUCAUUCUGCAUCCCACCAAGAACUACUGGAUUUGCUGGGCCUGUGCCUGCAGAUUCUGCCGCCGACGACAAUCCUCCUGGACGGAAUUGACGAAUGCACCGAACCGAAUGCCCUCUUGCGAGACUUGUGCAAUCUCCGGGGUGGUGGGCCGGACCUGAGGCUGCUGCUAUUCAGUCGCCCGAAUGUGGCAUACCUUCAUCGCAGACUGGGUGAGCCACAGACAAUCCAGAUGUCCAGAGAGGUCACCGAUACAGACAUCGCUGUCUAUCUUCACCGUGGGUUGCAAGAACUUCAAGACGAUCAACUCAUACCCCAGGGAACAAAUACCGAGGAUCUUGUUGAGCACCUCCUUCAACGGGCUGAAGGGAUGUUCCUGUGGGCCAAACUCAUGGUUACCUACCUUCAUUCUCCAGCUCUGACACUCAGAUCUCGUCAGGAUGCCAUAUUCAGAACCACUCCAAAGGGGCUCCACGAGAUGUACUGCAGGAUAUUCUCCAUCAUCACCAAAUCAGACGAGGCGUCUCAGGACCUGGCCAUGAAGUCAUUCAUGUGGAUUGCACACGCUUCCAGUCCCUUGAGAGCAGUCGAACUUCAAGGUGCAUUCAGGGAUCCGUGUGCUCUCUCCUCUGAGCUCGAUCUAGUACCUGAAAUCGAGAGCGCCAUUCAAUUAACCACCGCGGGUCUGCUAGAGAUGCGGAGCGACCAGACCUUUCACUUCAUUCACCAGACAGCAAGAGAGUUCGUCCUGGAAGCGAAAGCGACGGGAUCCAGUGGUUUGAACUACGUCCAAUCAGGCGAGCAGGCACAUGCCUCGAUCGCCAUGCACUGUUUGCGCUAUUUGAUGUUUGCCGUACCUGCUCAGCCGCUUUCUAUUACGAUUGGGACUUUCCAAUCCCAAUCAAUCGACGAUACCGUUCCCUUACUACCGUACUCGUGUGAAUCUUGGUUCCACCAUAUGUGCGCAGCCCUUUCCCUGGUCGAUGACGGCGACGCGGCUCAAUCUCGAGCGGACUUUCUAAGUGUGCUGAGAACCUUCUUGGCCACGCCCCUCACCUUGAUGGUCUGGCUGGAAGCGGUAUACACUUGUUCCAUGGGGACCAUCACCAUUCGCGCUCUCCAGGAGCGAUCCCGGCAGUUGUCCGACCGGUUCAGUCAUGUCUUAGAUUUGAAUCUGAAGGCCGUUCUUUCCGACCUACAAGAGUUUGCUCAGGACCUAGGCUCCGUUACCUCAGCCUGGGAUGCAGCUCUGUCGACCAAUCCGGCGGAGAUAUGGAACGAUAUCACGGCAUUUACACCCAGCAGGUUUUUCCACCAAACGGCUGCUCUGGCAGUCCAAGGCAUCAAAAUGGACUCGCCCGCCGAAAUACGUGACGAGGGCGAGCUGCUUUGGACAGUAUCCAAAACGUCGAUAGACUUGACCAGAUUGGCGACGGUGACCGUGUGCCCGAGCAGAGAAUUUUGCCAACUCUGGAGGACGGGUCAUGUCCAGAGCGCGGAGAGGGUGGAGCAACUUCUACACUCCUGUGAGGGAUGGAACGCUCUAUAUGAGAUAUUUGACAUCAGUGGACAACCGGUCAGAAGAUCCGCUACGACGGUUCCCCUGUGCGCGAAUGAGGUCUCGUUACGCUUACGGCAAUCCUUGAGAUAUGACAAGAUCGGCAUUCCAGUAGCCAUCAGCGACAGCUUGACGAGGAUUGCCCUUUUGAGGACAGUCGUCUGCAUCCAACCUUCCGAGGAAGAUACAACCGAGGCCGACGUAUGCUCAUGCACGCUGGAAACGCAGCUCCUGGACCGCCAAUCCUCCAAUUGGGAUGGAUCCCGCAUGUUUAACGGUCUUGAAUACUAUUACCAAGUUCUCUUCUCGCCAGACGAGAAGUUUGUGAUCUUUCAUGACUACGAUCUCCUACACAUGUCCAGCAACAUUGGGGCAUACAGGCUUUGCUGCGAGGACUCUGUCUGUCAGGCCUUGCUCUUAAAUCAUAUGCAAAUGGAGCGUCAUUCCUAUGUCGCGCCUGUCCUACACCAUUAUCUCCAAAUCGCCCUUUUCGUCUGGAAGCAGCACAUUUUCAGCUGGCACUUUGCCCAAGACACGCCCCAAUUGACCAUGCUGGCCGCGUUUCCUGCCCUAGGACAUCCCGCCGCUUGUGAUGUUGACUUCGAGAUUGGCUUCUCCGAGUGCGGCAACUUUUACACCGUGAAGCAUUAUUCGCAAGCAUGGCCUGCCAUCCAUCCCCUACCAGCCAGUCCCGGCGUUCUGAAUGCUUUGGGCUCAGGUGAAUCUACAAGUCCUCCCACGAGCGCACGGCCAGUGGUCCGAAAGCGAAUGGCAGAGGAGGAAUUGGCACCGUCAACCGAUUCGAAGAAAGUCCAGCUGCCUUUUCGGAUGCCUCCCUUGCGAAACGACGUGGUGUGCCUGGAUCAUUCGGAGCAGAGUGCAACCUCCGCCAUCAUCACUCACAAGAACACCCCACAAAUGUUGGAACUUUCAGUCGCGUCGACAGCCGGCGGCACUGAUAAUAUAACAUCGUUGGAAUUACUCAGCGUGCCCAGCCACAUUGACCUCCGACACACGUCUUCGAGCGUCAGAUGGCAAUCCGAGCAGGACGAGAAGAUCCGAAUCAUUCUCACUCGACGGUCUCCGCGAUACUAUUGUGCAUCUGACCGCAAGGCCACCGAGGCGGCUUUGGUCAUUGACCGAGAUGCCAGGUUCACGCAAAGAUUCCAAUCCUUGAACCGCCCUCACCUCCAGCUCCCUUUGUGUUUACCAGGUUUGGGACCCUUGGAUGAUGGACCAAUACCAGAUGAUCUUGAGCCCUAG